AUGAAGAUAGGGAUCUAAAUCAACAAACGUCGAAAAUACAACAAUAUUAGCAACAUACAACAGAAAAGACUCAAAUAGGGAGGAGGGUAGAAUAAAUCAUAGACUUAUUUCAUGCUUCGCCUCUCAGCUGUGGUGCGGGGUCAUGCCACUUCAAACCUUUUCGCACCCCCCCAUUCUGGACGGUGGUUCAAUCCCCCACAUCAGUGGACGAUUAGCGACACUUUUGUGCCUAUCUUCUUCAUGUUCUUUGCGCCCAUGCUGAUUACAAUGUACUUGUACCACGCGGCCUACAUGCCACAGUAUUCACAUUUUCAGGAUAAAAACUACUACCCGUCUCAGCCAUACACUAAGGAAUUUAUUCAGAAGUAUAACCGACUCGAACGAUGGCGUUGGUACUAAGAUGUUGUUUGAUACAGGUAAACCAACAGAAUCAUCUAUUUAUGGGAUUAUAUGCCACGAGAAACUCGGGGCGUGGGAAGAAGGGUGAUCAUUCAUCUUGAGGAUUUUUCUCCCGCUUUGCGUAGUGUAGGGGGACAUCGAAUUGUAUUGAGCACUGCUUCUUUUCCUUUAGAUUUGCUUUCAUGAGAAAGGCAAAUAGAAUGAAGCAAUAGCAAAUGUAGUUGUUUUAGGUUAGCAUUGUUUUAUCUUUGUACAUUGCAGUAGUAGUAUUAGCACUCUGUGUUUUUUUGGUAUGAUUAUGUUGGGUUUAACAUUUGCUUCGCAUUGGAGAAGGAUUUAGAAUGGUGAUGGGUUCUCAAUAACGGCAUGCGGAUCCCU